UCUCUCGUACGUCUUAACUAAAUUCAUCUCAGCGCAUGCGUAGCGGAUGUAGUGUUUACAACAUGGCCGAUUAUGGAUAUGGUGGUGGACGUAGAGGAGGUAGAAAUCAAGAAAAGAAACCAUUACCUACGGAACCACCUUUUACAUGUUAUGUAGGAAACUUGCCGCAAGGGCUUGUCCAGGGCGACAUUGAAGUGAUAUUCAAACACUUGAGGGUUCGAAAUGUACGACUAGUCAGAGAUAAAGAAACAGAUAAAUUUAAAGGAUUCGCUUACGUAGAAUUUGAAGAAAUUGAAUCUCUGAAGGAAGCUCUCACUUAUGAUGGGGCAUUAUUUGAAGACAAGAAUAUUAGAGUGGAUGUAGCAGAGGGCAGAAGUAAGGAUAAAAAUGCUGGAUUCCGCGGCGGCAGAGGCGGGGGAGACAGAGGAGGCUUCAGGGGUCGAGGACGUGGAGGUGGUCGAGGUGGUUACCAGGAUCGAGGAGGUGACAAUUGGGGAAGUGACCGAGGAUUUUCAGACCGGGGAAACUUUGGUCGUGGAGGCUUUCGAGGGGACUAUGGAGGUGGUAGGGGGCGUCCAGAAGGUUUUGGUGGUAGAAGCCAGGAUGGUUUUGGUGGUAGAAGCCAGGAUGGUUUUGGUGGUAGAAGCCAGGAUGGUUUUGGUGGUAGAAGCCAGGAUGGGUUUAGUGGUAGACCUAGGCAAAGACAGAAUAGUGGUGGCCCACCAGAAGAGCUGAGAGAGCCCUCACCAGGCACCAAAGUUGGUGACCUUGACCUUGGAGUCAUUUCCAUUAUGAGAGUGCAGCCCAGCGGCCAAGGUUAAAACUUUUACCCCGUAGUGUUAAAGAGCCAGCGAGCCUUCCUGCAGGGAACGCCUCUAGAAAUGCCAGUAUAUUUGGCACUGGGAAACCCAGAGAUGCAUCAAAUGAUGUGGAGGUCCCUGCUGACCGCAGUCGAACGACGAGUGAAAACAGCAACAAUUAGCUAAUUAGUCAUUAACUAAUAAUCAUUUGUAAAUAUUGUAAAUCUCUCUUGUGUACAAGUACAGUACAUACAUGUUUGGAUUCACCAAAACAUUUUAGGCGAUUUCAUUGAAAAUAGAAAAUGAAUUUGUAACUUUUUCAUGUUGCAGAAUAGUUGAAAUUGAUUUUAGAACGCAAUGAAAUCCAUUUAGUAGAUGCCACUUUUGUGUAACUCUCUAAACAUGUAUAUACCAUACUACUUCUUACCUGUCUGACAGGAAGUACAGCUACUCAAGCUGACCUCUGCCAAUGUCAGAUGGAGUGUACCUGUCAUUUACAAUAGUUUUUAAUGUACAGUAACCUUACUGUAUGACUGACAUGCCAUAGUCUUUUUCUUUCCGGGGAUGAAUUUUUUAUUGCCUAGCUUAAAACCCACAAUUGAUGAAAUCUGUGUGAAUACUGCAUAUAACAGUAUUUGACUUGUUUUUUUAUUGAUGUUAACAUGGCUAUAUUGCUUUGUCCAAAAAAUACUAAUCACAAAGCAGAUAACUGUACGUAUUUCUUUCACUCUCACACACACAAAAGUGCCAAGUGCUCUCUCUCUCUCUCUCUCUCUCUCUCGCUCACACAGGCAAGGGUCAAGUGUUCUCUCUCAUACAUACUCAGACAAAGGUAAAGCACUUCCUACAGGGGACUCUCAAUUAACUUUAAGUUACUAUAAAAUCUUCACCUUUGAUUUUCAGAUUUAACUCAACAUUCAAUCUCUCAAAGGAACUGAAAAUGUAAUUCACAACGUCCUAAGACUGUUUUGACACAUUUUCUUUCAUAUUAUUUUAUUCCUUGGCAUGCCUCUAAAUAUAUAUUUGCAAAAUUCACUGUUGGAUUGUCAAUUUAAAACAAACUUUUCCAAAAUACGAGGUCAUUAUUAACAUUUUCCAUUUUAUAAAACAAUUAUCUACCCCCAAAGAGAAGCAGAGGUGGAGUCACCUAUCUAAACAUCUACUUAACUAGCCUUGGGAAUUCACCCUUAUCCAAAUAAGGUCCAGGCAGAAAUAAUUAUAGGCUUGAUUGAUUGCAUGUCUGCACUACCACUAAUUCGAGAUAUCAAGAGCAGAAAACAAUGAAAUAUUGAUUGUAAAAAAUUUGUGGCCUUGAUUUCACUUCAAGAGAUCGAGAACUUUGAGCCAUUGAGAGUCACCUGUAUUUCUUUUAAAGAAGGAUAAAGGCUAUGAAUAGUUAUUUUGUGUUGACAUUUAAAUAGACGGUAUCCUACCAAAAUGGGUUAAGUAUGGCCACCGAAAUUGAAUUGUGUUCGUUUUAAUGAGAUAUUUGUGUUCGACAUAUUUAUCUUUUGUAUUUUCACAAGGAUCGAAUUUUCGUAUUGGCAAGACUUUGAACUAUGUAAUCAUUCGUUUUGCUUAAGGACUGCAAAGGUUUCCUGUCAUUUUGUUUUUGAAGAGCAAUGAUAAUUUGUAUGACAAUAUGCUUGCAUUUCUCUUUCAUUUAUCAUGUUUGAUAGUGAAAAUUUGGUUGUCUAAAGCAUGGUUUUUUGGGGGGAGGAUGUGUUGCCCUUAACAUUCUCAUUUGCAAUUAUAGAUGAUACUGUCUUCUAAGCCAUUUUGUGUGAAAUUAUUAUUGUUGAAGUUACGUAAUGUAACAAAUAUAUUUUUAACAAUUUAUUGAGGUUAUGAGUAAAAAAAAAAUCAUGUUUUUCAUUAAUGAAAUGUCAUUUCAUUAUGUAUAUUAUGGCAAACUGAGGAAAGUGUGUUUCCUGAAUGAGGUAUGGUAUACAAGGUGCUCAUUUGUGUACUGGUGUACAUAUCUCUAUAUCCGUCAUAGUGUUUGUGUGUAUUUAAACCCAGUAUAUACCAUUGUGAUGUCAUACAUUGGUCUGUACCUUUUUUUGUACAUUGAAGUUGAAAUCAUGACAAACAUGAAGCAGAAUAAAACUUUGAAAGAGAA